AUGCGAAUUUCAAGAGAACUGGAGUUUGGAGAUGAGUUGGUAGUGGAUGAGUGUCACGUGUUGAUGAAGGAAAGGUCACGUGUUGGCGGUGUUGAAGCCCAGAGGUGCAGACCUGCAUCUGGAAGUGGAAGAGAAUGCAAGGGAGGACCAGCCUCUGGAAGUGGUAGAGAACGCAAGCGAGGACCAGCCUCUGGAUGUGGUAGAGAACGCAAUGGAGGACCAGCCUCUGGAAGUGGUAGAGAACGCAAGAGAGGACCAGCCUCUGGAAGUGGUAGAGAACGCAAGCAAGGACCAGCCUCUAGAAGUGGUAGAGGACGCAAGAGAGGACCAGCUUCUGGAAGUGGUAGAGAACGCGAGCGAGGACCAGCCUCUGGAAGUGGUAGAGGACGCAAGAGAGGACCAGCUUCUGGAAGCGGUAGAGAACGCGAGCGAGGUCCAGCUUCUGAAAGUGAUAGAGAACGCAAGGGAUGUUCACUCAAAAUAUGA